AUGGCAAUAUUAAAUAAACUACUUAAUCUAAAUAUAUCAGAUAACAAAGAAUCAAAUAAAGAAUUAAAAGAAAAAUCAAUAGAUGAACAAAUAAUACAAUCUGGAUUUGAAAUAAGUGAUUGUUCAGAAAUUUGUGAUGAUUGUACAAUAUCAUAUCCAAAAUCUUUAAAAUUUGAAGAAACUGAACCUUUAUGGAAUUCAACAAAACCUUUUGGUUUACAUUUAAUAAUAUCAACUGGUAAAUCAGAUUGGCCUCAUGAUGCAACAGGUAUUGAAGGUACAUUAUCAAAUAAAAUUAGUAAUUGGGCUCUGGAAGAAUCUGGUAAAACAAGUAUUGGAAAUAUAAAAGUUACAUGUUCUUCAUUAAGUAAUGAUAAUUUAAUUAUUGAUGAUGAUUAUAUAAAUCAAAAAAAGGGAGAUGUUUUAAUAAUGCCAUAUUUUCUAUGGUUGAGAGGCAUUAAGUUAGAUGAAGUGGAUGAAAAAUUUAAUAUUUUAUUAUCAAUAUUUAACGAACAUAAUUUAAAAAAUAAAGAACUAGAGAAAGAAAAGGGUGAAGAUAAUGGAGAUAUUGUAAAUAAUCGUAAAGACUUAAAAUUUGAGUAUAUAAAAUCAAAAUUACCAACAAUUGAAGAAGAUAUAAAUUUAUCUUAUAUAUUUUUUUGUUCACAUAAAACAAGAGAUAAAAGAUGUGGUAUAACAGCACCAAUAAUGAAAAAAGAAAUGGAUUUAUAUUUAAGAGAUAUAGGAUAUUAUAGAGAUUAUGGUGAUCAAACACCUAAUGGAAUAUCAGUUGCAUUUAUAAAUCAUAUUGGUGGUCAUAAAUUUGCAGCAAAUGUUAUAAUAUAUAUUAAAUCAACUGGUCAAAAUAUUUGGUUAGGUUUAUGUAAACCAAAUAAUUGUAAACCUAUAAUUGAUCAAUGUAUUUUGGAAAAGGGGAAAGUUUGGCCAAAUAAAGUUAGAAUUUUACAAAAAUUUGAUCCUAUUGAAUGGUAG